AUGGCAAAGCCGACCGUCACUCUUAUCCCAUGGGAUCCAAACUCGCCUCAGCAUGUGAGGCGCAUGGUUGAGCAGCGCAUAGCCUGUGGCUGGCAAGCGUCGCUUAUACCGACUGUAUGGAAAGAUGGACAUAUUAACGGGACGAAAUGCGUUUACUGGAUUAUCUUUGCACAGGACGAACCACAGCGCGAGAAAUACCUCCACAUGCAUAUUGAGGCUUAUCCCAAGGUAGUUCCGGAGACAGAAGAAAUCCUUGACUCAAGCGAGACGCUACUCGGAAAACCGCGAGUUCCCACCGACGCAAAAUUCCAUCCUGUUGGGCACGUCGCUCUCGACACCCAUAUCUCAGAUUAUGCAGAAAGAGCCGACCUGAACAUUCCCAAAUCUGGUACAUACUGGGUCAAGAGUCUAUAUGUAUCUUACACACUUCAAGGUCUAGGUAUCGGCGGAGCUGCUAUGAACAUCGCUGAACGCAUGGCCAUCGAGGAGCCCCUCAACGCUAGGUAUCUCCUGUUGGACACUGUGCACCACGAAGACCAGGCAGAUGAGGAGUUUGCAGUUGCCAACUAUGGAGGAGCUUUCAAGACAUUUUUCAUUGUGGUAGAUGGGAACUGUUGCGCUUACGAACAGGAUAACGGCCCUCUUCCUCUACAUGCCGCUAAGACACUCGUUUUCUUGAUGGAUGAUCCCAGCGGCCAACGGUCACUACUCAAGUGGAUAUCUCUGACAGCCUUCUCAUUCCGUUUUGGCACCCUCCAAGACCUCCUAGAGCAGCUAUUAAACUACGCCGUCAUGGGCCGCUACCGCCUGUCUCUUACGGCACCAGAUCUUUUAAGACACGCUGCUCCUUACAUCUGCGGGACUGACCGCGUUUGGGAGACUCGGCCCACUGUUCGGUUGGAUUGA